GUGAACGUGAAGUUUGAAACAGUUUACUCCUGCGUGCGUAGUGAAAUGGCGGGUUCGAGUGAAGUGCUGAUGUUGUUGGAAAAACAUAAACACGCGUUGGGUAACGAAUUAAAUUGUUCGAACAUUCUUCCCGUACUUGUGAAGAAAGGUGUUUUUAGUUCAAAAGACGAAGAAUUAGUGACGAACGACCUUAUCGAUCGAAAAGGUGCGGGGGUGGGGGACAAGAUGGAGGAUCUGCACUACAUCGACUCCGAUUCCAAGGACACGGAUGAAGAGGCCCUCGACGGUUCAAGGGAUGAACUUGGGUCCCGGAGCGUGGGUUCGGCCACCCCUGCGUCCUCCCCCUCCUCACCCCUACACAACGGCCUCAAUUCAGUUGAGAUGUUCGAAGAGCCCGUUGAAGAACAGGUGAGAAACAAACCUUCCAUUGUUGUCAUUCGUACCUGUGUUUGGGCUGUUUGUGAUGAAGAUCGUGCGACGUUUGCUACAGCACCGCCUUCCAGGCCCAGGGACGGCGCUCAGCGUCUCUUCUCGGCGUCGUAG